CACCCCUGGGCCUGUGGCUCAGAUGCUCUCCCCUCCACCCCGACUUCGCGUCUGCCUUCAGUCGGACCUGUAUCCCCGCUCUGUGCCAGGCCAGGCCCCAUGCUGCUCUGCAGGGUUCUGCUGUUUUUCGUUCCCUGUGUUGGGCAAAGUGCCUGGCUGCAUCUCCGAGCCUGGCCAGACCCCGUGUUCGAGGGAGACGCCCUGACUCUGCAAUGUUAUGGAUCGGCCAACAAGGUCCUGUCCCAGGUGAAGUUCUACAAAGACAGAAGAUUACUCCAAACCCCGAAGACCAGAUGGUCCCUGUCCUUGGGGACGGCUACCCUGGAAAGCAGCGGUCAGUACAGCUGCUCUGGGAAGGUGGCCUACGUCCCAUACCUGGGCAGACAAACCUCAGAGCUGGUCAAGGUUCAAGUCCAAGAGCCGUUCCCGCCUCCUGUGCUGAGCGCUGUCCCCUCUCCCGAGCUCCGUGAGGGGAGCCCACUGACCCUGAGAUGCCAGACGAAGCUGCACCCCCAGAAGUCGGCCUCGAGGCUCCUCUUCUCCUUCCACAGAGAUGCCAGCACCUUGCAGGACUGGGGCCCCCACCCGGAGCUCUCUCCCGGAGCCCAGGAGAGAGACUCUGGGCUUUACUGGUGCCGGGCCACCCUUGAGGGUGGUGUGGCCCAGAAGCAGAGCCCCCAGCUGGAGGUCAGGGUGCAGGUUCCUGUGUCCCAGCCUCUACUCACCCUGAGACCUGGCCCCACCGGCCUCGCUGUGGGGGCCAUGGUGGAGCUCCUCUGUGAGGCCCAGAAGGGCUCCCCUCCAAUCUCAUACCUGUUCUACCUGGACGGGAAGAUCCUAGGGAACAUCUCAUCUCCCUAUGGAAGAGCCACCUGCUUCCCGGUCACCGUGACGUCAGAGCGGGACGCCAGAUACUCCUGCCGGGCAGAGAAUUGUGUUUCCGCAGAGACCAGUGAGCCCAAGAUACUCUCCCUGGAUGCACUCAUGGUCACCCCUACCCGGGGCUUGUCUGCCCCCAACAGCCCCCACUGGCUGGUUGCCGGGCUGUCCGCGAGCCUGCUUGGUGUGCUGGUCAUCGCCACUGCGCUUCUGGCUUGCUUCAGACCCUGGAGAAAAGCUGAGUCCCUUCCAUCUCAGAAUCCACCCCCAGCCCCCGGUGGAGAGCAGGACCUACUGUAUGGCGAAGUUCGUUGGCAGAAUGAGAAUGAAGAUGAUGAUUACUCUGUAGUGUAUGCAACCUCCCGGAAGAGUAAAGCCAGGCCUGCUGCCUCAGCCUCGGGGACUCAGGACAGUUCCGUCAUCUACACGGAGGUGACACAAUCACAGCUUGGUGAGCUUCCAGCCGCGAAACGGAAUCCGAGAAGCAGGACCCACAAAGCCCUCCCUGGUCACUUCGAGGAGGUUCUCCACUACUAACGGCAUUCCCCCCAACACCACCCUCUGGUGCUCCCCAGGAGGCCAGCGGGGACCCCAGCCCCUCCUGUAGGUCCCCAGUCCCUGAGUCCGGCAGUGAGGGAGCCCCGUGUCCUGACCAGGGUCCCCGGGAGACUCGAGGAGCGCCUAAAUGAUCUCAGAGCCCCCCUCUGAGCAGAACAGGUAGCGUGUGGGCAGGGACAUCCGCACUCACGCAUGACGAGGGAACUAGACACGGGAGCCGCAGAUGUUUUCUUUCACACGAAUGGAAGCAUUGCAAUCCCUUCUGUCUACACAUCUGUAAGUGCUUUCUCCCACAGCCCUCGGUCCCCAUGGAUGUGCUUGGCCUCACCCUGCCAGAGAGAAUGAAUCUGCACACCCUGAGGGCUGGCCCUGGGCAGCUCCCAUAAAGCAUUUCCAACUUCCAAGCUUCUGCUGAGGCCCCUGAGUGACCGGAGGGCUGAGGGCCUCUCAGAGGCUCCGGGGCAUCAAGGGUCGGGGGGGGGGGGGGGGAAAGGGCCUGGAGCCCACAAUAUCACACAACUCUUAACCCCUGAGCCAGAGCCCCCCCAGGCCCGGAGAACGCUGCCUUCGCAUGCAACCCGUUUCUGUCCACACCCCUUCCAGGCUCCCAGGUUACCCACGUUUAUGGAAUGAGGCCUGCCCCGAAUCCCCCCGUGGGGAGCACCGCAGAAAACUGUUACCCCUUGUGUUUGCAAAGAUGCGUGCUGGUAGAACGUAUUUGUCCAUAGAAAAGCAUCAAUAUUAUUCGCCAAUACCAAUCGCUUGUAGUGUCUGCUGGUUCAGUUUGGUCUGGGGUUGUGGAGCCCGCACUCCGUGACGCUGAGAGUGUCGCACUAGUAACUAGGAAGAUCAAUUAUCCCUGCUUCUCCUCCGGGCCCCGGUUCCCUCCGGGUCCCUGAUCCCGGGUCACAGAGCGGGGUCCCGCAGACCCCGCCCGCCUCUCCUGGGAAGAAGCCCACGUUUUCAGAGGACUCCGGCCCGGACACCCGGAGCUGGACACGGUCAGGGUUCAUCCUUGAGCUUAAGAGAAACGUAGCCACUCAGAGGCAACCCCAGAUCUGCUGAAUCUCAGUCCGCAUUUAAAAUAAGAUUUCUAGGCGGUUCGUAGUGCCCAGUAAAGUCUAAAAAGCCUGGUCUGCCUCCAAACUUCGUGGGAAUACCUCUGUCCACUCACCUUCUGGAGCGUCACUGGAUGACACAAGGGGGCCCAGAGAGCUACUAGGCCAACACACGUGCUGGCGUUUCUCACUUCCCUAUGCCUUCUCUUCCUUCCCUCCCCCCACCUGACCUUCCUCUUCUGCAGCCUCUGCCUCCUCUUCCCCAUCUCUCUCUUGGCUGGUCCAAUCCACAUCCAGGAUACACCGGGGCCCCUCCCCGUCGCUUCUUGUCUGCCAGGCCGAGAAGCACAUGCCAGGUCAUUGGGAGCACAGGGUCUUAUCUGGUCAAUCAUGAAGCAACUGUAGAAGCCAAGCCUUGCCACGCCCUCUAUAAACGGGCCGGGCCCCUCGUAAAGAGUCCGGCCAAAGACAGGACAGCUCAUGAAGGAGACACUGAUGCUGGGGACCCGGAAGGAGCCGGCCCUGCCGGUCAUCCCGAUGGACCGCCUCCUCCCUGAGAACUCACGCCUCCUGCCCUCUGCCGUACGCCAGCGACACGGGGCCCAGCUGGGGAUGGUCUUUACCGGCCCAGGAUGGGCUACGGGGAACAAUGAAAAGCAAGAACUUAGACCCUUUUAUAGCAACCUGACGGAGCAAUUUUGUUCGUUUAAACUAGUCCUAAAAAAUA